AUGCGUGAUAGAGCUGAAGCUUUACAUAAAAAAAUUAAUGAAAAAUUAAUUGGAAAAUUUAAAGGAAAAGAAGAAGAAAAAAAUGUUAAAAUUAAUAAUAAUAUAGAAAUACCAAUUACAAUUUAUACACCAGUUGAUGUUAAUAAAGAUAAAUUGGUCAUCUUUUUUCAUGGUGGAGGAUGGACAGUAAAUAGUCGGAAAACACAUCAAACUAUUGUUAAUAUGCUUGCUGAUGCAACAAAAUCUAUAUGGAUUUCAGUUGAAUAUCGUCUUUCACCUGAACAUAAAUUUCCUAUUUGGCUUGAUGAUGGAUGUGAAGUCACUCGACAAAUACUUGCUAAUAAAACUGCUUAUGGUGCUGAUGAAAAUACAAAAAUUGGUGUUGCAGGUGAUAGUGGUGGUGGUUUAAUUGCUGCAUCAAUUUGUCAUACAAUAAAGAAUCUUGAUUUUCAAAUUCUUAUUACGAGUCAAUUUGAUUUUUUUCAUAAAUUUCCAUCACGUCAAGAAUUUAACCGUCCCCUUUUUGUGAUACCAAUGGAUGUACUUGAUUGGUUUAGUUCAAAUGCUUUACGUAAUGAAGAUGAUAAAAAUGAUCCAAGAUUUUCAAUAUUACUUAAUAAAUCAUUUAAUUCAUUACCAACAUGUUUAUUUAUUGUUGCUGAACUUGAUCCAUUACGUGAUGAUAGCUAUAAAUAUCAAGAGAUACUUGAAAAAGCAGGAGUGAAAACAAAACUUGUUUUAAUUAAAGGAGUUAUUCAUCCAUUUUUUAGUAAUCCUGGUAUAUUUGUUAAAUCAUGUCAACAAGUAAUAGAUGCUGUUCAAGAAUUUAUGAAAAAUUUAUAA